GAAGCUGUUGCAGUGCUUUUUAAAUGGACUUUGUUGUGGAGCGGUAUCGUUUAAUCAAAGCUCUUGCAGGAGGCCAUUUCUACAACCAAAGAUAUUCAAACAGAAAUUGAUGAGGGUAAAACCUAACGCUGACUCUUUGUCAUCGUCUCCUACCGGAAAGCAUUCAUAAAACAGUGGUGCCGGCGGUACGAUGGGGAUCACGAAACUGGCAGAACUGAUCCGCUCGGAUGCUCCCGAUGCCAUUUCUCACAAAGACAUCGGUGACUAUACAGGAAAAGUAAUCGCACUGGAUACUUCUAUUGUUGUGAACCAGUUCCGUGCAGCCACACCUACACUAAGCCCCCUGACGGGUCUCUUCUUCCGCACGCUCACCUUCCUGGAACAUGACAUAAAACCAGUCUUUGUGUUUGAUGGAAAGCCUCCUGGGGAAAAGACAGCUGUUCUUGAGAAGCGAGCUGAGGCAGCUGGCUGGAGGUCCCCCAACUGCACGGGCAGAGCAUCAUCCCAGACCAAGGAUUGUGUCCAUCUCCUGAAGCUUCUUGGCGUUCCAUUCAUCCAAGCUCCAGGGGAUGCUGAGGCAAUGUGCGCCCAACUGGUGAGAGAGGGGAGUGUGGACGCAGUGGCAUCAGAGGACAUGGACACACUGCCGUUUGGAGCCAGUAUUCUUAUUCGCCAGCUGAACGCCAAGAGGGACAGUGAAGUGAUUGAAUAUUCUUUACCCAAACUGUUAGAGAAACUCCAAAUUAGUCAUGAGGAGUUUGUUGACCUGUGUAUUUUGUUGGGCUGCGACUACUGUGACAAGAUAACUGGUUUGGGUCCUAAGAGAGCUCUGUCACUGAUCCACAAGCACCGUACUAUUGAGAAUGUGGUUUUGCAUAUCAACAGGCAGGUCCAUCCUGUGCCACAUUUUUGGAAGUACAAAGAAGCACGGAAGUUAUUCUUGGAUGCACCACAGACCGUGGUACCUGAACUCACCUGGACUGAGCCAGAUGAAGAAGCCCUGGUUGGGUUUCUCUGUCACGUCAAAAAUGUAAAGGUGGAGAGGAUCCGUCGGCGAAUGGAGAGGUUCCGUCAGAUGCGGGAAAGUAGGCGGGAGGAGCGGGAAAAGGAAAAAGCAACGGGAUGUAUGAGGCAAACCCAAAUGAAGGACUUCUUUAGAGUCACCAGAAGGAGGGAGCAGGUGAACAUAAGAUACAAAUCAUCUACAGAACCUGUGGAAGCUGCAGGGUCUUUAAGCAGCAACAGAAAGAGGCCAAAGUCAAAAUAAGGCUGCCACGGUCUGCCGCUUGCUGUCUCCACCAACAAGGGAAGGAAGUUGUUUUCGUCCGUCUACCUUUCCAGACAUCUCGAAAAAUUAUGUACCAGUUUGACAGUUCUCAAUCUGUGGCCCCAAUCUUGAAUGUUUGCCUUAAAACGAUUUUGUUUUUAAUUCUUGUGCUGAGAGAAAGUCUAGAAUGUUUGACAAUCCAAUCCUAAUUUAAAUUUAAAUUUUAUUUUCUGUUACUAAUCGUUUAGGAAAUUCAACUGUUUCAGAGGCAGCAACUUUACAUGUUGAUGAUGUUUUUGCAUUUACAGAGCCCUGUGCUUUUCCAAGUGCCCUUUGGCUUCCACCAAAUUUAGAAGAAGCCAAAACAGGCAUCUUGCAAGACACUGACUUCAAAUCUUUGUCUCUUCAUGGGAGCACUACCCCCACUGAAAAUACAAUAAUCUGAUCUUGUCUGAACAGCAGUGUCCACAACAAUGCAAUUCACUGAGCAGUUCUUCAGUGCAUCCAGCAGUUUCCUGCACAGCCACCAAGAAAAGCAGAACAGGCGGCAGACAGCUAUGAAAGAGAACAGUGCGAUCACUGUCAGGGAGGACAUCCCCUAAGCCAAAACUGGAGACAGGGGAUGUCUCAUCACUAGAUAUUCAAUGAGCACCUGUUGUGUAAAGGGUGCCAAGGCAGGGACCAGAGACUUGAAUUUUAAAACACGCACUGAAGUUGUAUCAUGUAUGAAAGAGAUAGUGAGAUGUUAAAAUCCAUGUAAAGAAGAACAUUUUGUUUUAUUUUGAAAAGAUUUGUAAAAGAGUACACACAGACUAAGCUAUGUUUUACAUUAUGAUUUUUAUAUACAUAUAUGAUAC